GGCUCACGUUUGUCUGCAUCCAACACAUCUAGCCGCUAUGAAGGUCCUCAUUUUGUGUGCAGCUGUACUAAUAUCCAGCGUUUCUGCUGGUUUAUUGUCACCUGCACCGUACGCUUACGCCCGACCCGCUAUUGUUGCUCGGCCGUACGCGCCGUAUGCUGUUGCCAAAGUUGCAGCACCCGUCGAGGACUACGAUCCAAACCCUCAAUACUCCUAUGCUUACGACAUUCAAGACGCUCUAACUGGUGAUUCCAAGAGUCAGCAGGAAACCCGUUCUGGUGACGUCGUCCAAGGCUCCUACUCCCUGGUAGACCCCGACGGAACCCGUCGUAUUGUGGAAUACACUGCGGAUCCCCAAAAUGGCUUCAACGCUGUGGUUAGCAGACAACCUCUAGGAGCUGUCGUCAAAGCAGCACCCAUUGCUGCUAUUCACAUAGUUGUUUUUGCGUGUGUUAUUCAUGUUAUCGUCGCUAUAAUAGUGACCGAUUCUCCACCAACGAGUACCGAGUACAACUAUUGGUAUAACAUCAUAGAUCCUACUACUGGGGAUACUAAAAGUGCCCAAGAGAUCCGACAAGGUGAUAUCGUGAAAGGCUCUUACUCGGUGAUAGAUCCUGAUGGCACCAAGCGUACUGUUGACUACACAGCUGGCGGAAAACUCGGUUUUAAAGCCCUUUAUAUCUCGAAUGCCGGCGGAAUGGUACAAUGCAACGCCUGCGGCAAACGACUUGGGUAUAAAAAGUCAGUCCGAUCUUAUUGCUGUACAUUCAAAUUGAGGUAUCCUCAUAGUAAAGUCAAUAUCAUCUCCAAAAAAAUGGCUUUCAAGUUGGUCGUUUUAGUUUGCGCUGUUGCUGCCGUCCAAGCUGGGGUGGUCGCCCCCGUCGCAUACUCUGCAUACCCGGCGCCGGUCGCAUAUGCAGCUGCACCAGUCGCGCACGCUGCUCCGAUCGUUCACGCUGCCCCCGUCGCAUAUGCUGCUCCCGUAGCUAAAGUGGUAGCUCCGGUCGCUAAAGUCGCCGUCGAAGAAUACGACUCCCACCCACGUUACAGUUUCGCCUACGACGUUCAAGACGGUCUUACCGGUGACUCCAAGAGCCAACAGGAAUCCCGUGACGGUGACGUCGUACAUGGAUCCUACUCCGUCGUCGACCCUGAUGGUACUAAGCGCACUGUGGAAUACACUGCUGAUGACCACAAUGGUUUCAAUGCUGUUGUACACAAAGAGGCUCUCGGUGUUAAGGCUGUGGCUCCCGUUGCUAAGAUCGCUGCCCCAGUAGCGUACGCUGCUGCCCCCGUAGUACACCAUGCCCCAUUAGCCUAUUCCGCUGCCCCAGUAGUGCACCACUCCCCUCUUGUGCCAGCCCUAGUCCACUCCGCACCUGUCUACCACCAUUAAUCCAUAUCCACGGAACUAGUCAAAUAUGUUAUUGUCAAGUUAUUUAUUAAAGGCUUAAAAUUCUCCUAUGGAAUAAAUUAUAAAAAAUGAUU